AUGACGUCGGUUGUAGAAGAAUCGGGGGUUGCGAGACAGAGUGUCCGCCACAAUGAGCUGCUUCCCUGGGACAUGAACGGCUUCGGCGUUGAAUUUCAUCAAUCGCAUCAAGAGCCUCUGACACCUAACUGGAGCUUUAUCCAAGUCAUACGUGUUUAUCAGUGGAACAAUCAGUAUCUACAGGUCCCUGUGAGUCAGUAUCUACAGGUCCCUGUGAGUCAGUAUCUACAGGUCCCUGUGAGUCAGGAUCUACAGGUCCCUGUGAGUCAGGAUCUACAGGUCCCUGUGAGUCAGGAUCUACAGGUCCCUGUGAGUCAGUAUCUACAGGUCCCUGUGAGUCAGUAUCUACAGGUCCCUGUGAGUCAGGAUCUACAGAUCCCUCGGAGUCUGACGCACCACUCACCCGCGGACAGGAGGCUCAUCCCGGGCGCACACAGCCUCAGAUCAUGUCGGUGUCUGACGCUGCUCCGGGGUUCAGCUCUGCCGGGGGAGAAUGAGGGUUUCUCUCGUCGCGCCAUCGAGAGUCUGGUGCGGAAACUGAGAGAGCGACGAGAUGAGCUGGAAGCACUGGUCACUGCAGUCACCAGCAGGGGGCGCCACCCCGGCCUCUGCGUUACUAUACAGAGGACACUGGACGGACGGCUGCAGGUGGCGGGCCGGAAAGGCUUCCCUCACGUGAUCUACGCUCGUCUGUGGCGCUGGCCCGAUCUGCACAAGAACGAGCUCAAACACACACACUUCUGCAGCUACGCAUUCGACCUCAAGUACGACAGUGUGUGUGUCAACCCCUACCACUACGACCGAGUCCCUGCUCCGUCGCAUACAGGUCCUCAUAUAAAGGAGGAGAUGGUGCAGGACUGUCUGCACCUGGACCUGACUCCGCCCCCUGACCACUACCAGCCCCGCCCCCACUCCAUGUAUCCCAGCAUGCACCUGUCUCCCACAGAUGUCGCUGGAGUAACCGAGGUCCAGGGUCUGAUCCACAUGAGUCCAGGCCAGAGUCCUCCUCAGGCCCCGAGUCCGGACUACAGUAGCCCUCCACCAGAGACCCCAGCUAGCGAGGGGGCCGGACCAGGGACUGGACCAGGGACCAACUCAGAUUCGUGGUCCAGUGUUAGCCCCGCCCCCUACAGCCCGAUUGGUUCACAGCCUCUCAGUGGGAGCGACGCACAUCCGUUACAUCAUCACCUGCCAACAAAUAAUCACUACUGGUCGCAGCAGCACAACAACACUCCGUAUCAACAGCCAGUGUCCAGCAAACCAGGUCUGGAGUCCUGGUGCUCCGUGUCGUACUUGGAGCAGGACGUGCGGGUGGGGGAGGUCUUCAAAGCCCCGGCAGGUUUUCCCGUCAUCACUGUGGACGGAUACAUGGAUCCAUCUGGAGGAGACCGCUUCUGUCUUGGUCGACUGAGCAACGUGCACCGGACUGAGGCCAGCCACCGGGCCAGGCUUCACAUCGGUCGUGGUCUUCAGCUGGAGCACCGAGGUGAUGGCGAUGUUUGGAUGAGAUGUCUUUCGGACCACGCCGUCUUCGUCCAGAGCUUUUAUUUGGACCGUGAGUCAGGACGCACACCAGGAGGCGCCGUGCACAAGGUCUACCCAGGAGCCUACAUUAAGGUGUUUGAUCUACGACUUUGUCACAGAGAAAUGCAGCGCGUUUCUUACAGAGAGCAAGACCACAGCAGCGGUCCCCACGUAGACGCUCUUCGGGGACUCUGUGUGUUCCGGGUCUCUCUCGUAAAGGGGUGGGGCCUACAGUAUCCUCGCCGCUGCAUCCAGGACACACCCUGCUGGCUGGAGGUGCAUCUACACCGGGCACUACAGCUGCUGGACCAGGUUCUGCACGCGCUGUCACCGCGCCAACAACACCACCACGACACGAUGUCUCCACGGCAACCACACCACCAACACGACGCGUUGUCUACGCGGCAACACCAUCACAAUAUGCUGUCUCCACAGCAACACCACCUUGACCUCUGA